AUGGGCAAGCCAAAGGUUUUAUUGGUGCUUUAUGCUGGUGGUAAGCAUGCUAAAGAGGAGAAGAAGUUGUUAGGUGCUAUUGAAAAUGAGUUGGGCAUUCGUCAAUUUAUUGAAGACCAUGGUUACGACUUGGUUGCAACCACCGACAAAGACAAUGUCAAUUCGGCAUUUGAUUCAAACUUGGAAGAUGCUGAGAUUGUCAUCACCACCCCAUUUUACCCAGCCUAUUUGACUAAGGAAAGAAUUGCCAAGGCACCAAAGUUGAAGAUCGCUAUCACUGCCGGUGUUGGAUCUGAUCAUGUUGAUUUGAACGUAGCUAACGAGAGAGGAAUCUCAGUUUUGGAAGUCACAGGGUCAAACGUCCAAUCGGUUGCGGAACAUGCAGUCAUGACUAUGCUCGUUUUGAUUAGGAACUAUAACAUUGGCCAUUUACAAGCUACCUCUGGAGGAUGGGACGUUGCUGCUGUUGCAAAACAAGAAUACGACUUGGAGGGCAAAGUCGUUGCUACUGUUGGUGCAGGUAGAAUUGGUUACCGUAUUUUAGAGAGAUUGGUUCCAUUCAAUGUCAAGAAGUUGUUGUAUUACGAUUAUCAACCAUUGCCAGCUGAGGCGGAGGAGAAGUUGAACAAAGCUUCCAAAUUGUACAAUGAUGUUGAUGUCAUUGUUGAAAAAGUGGAUGACUUAGAGGCAUUGGUUGCUGAAGCCGAUAUUGUCACCAUCAACUGUCCAUUGCACGAAAAGACCAAAGGCUUGUUUGACAAAGCAUUGAUCUCAAAAAUGAAGAAAGGUGCUUACUUGGUCGACACUGCCAGAGGAGCUAUUUGUGAUGCUGAUGCAGUUGCUGAAGCUUUGGAGUCUGGUCACCUCGGUGGUUACGGUGGUGAUGUUUGGAAUGUUCAACCGGCACCAAAGGACCACCCAUGGAGAAAGAUGCACAACCCAUACGGCCCAGAAUAUGGUAAUGCCAUGACCAUUCACGUCUCUGGUACCUCUUUGGAUGCUCAAGCUAGAUAUGCCGCUGGUGUUAAGCAGAUCUUGACCCAAUACUUUGACAAGACCUACAACUACAGACCUCAAGAUGUCAUUUGUAUUGAUGGCCACUACGCUACUAAAGCCUACGGACAGCGUGAUGAUGAUGCUAAGAAAGUUCCAAAAUGA